GACGGAGGAGUCGUGCCAAGGUGUAGACACACACGUCGCAUAAGUACGCGACUCGCAGGAGAAAACCAGCAGCAGCAACCUGCCUGCCACUGCAAAAAUCUCGGGAGAGAGAGGCAAAAAAAAAAAAGAUCCCGCGAGCAGGCGAGCGAGCGAGCGAGGAGGGAGGAGGAUGUCGUGGCAGACGUACGUUGACGAGCAGCUGCUCUGCGACAUCGACGGCCAGCGCCUCACCGCCGCCGCCAUCCUCGGCCACGACGGCGCCGUCUGGGCGCAGUCCGAGCCCUUCCCCGAGGUCAAACCUGAAGAAAUUACUGCGGUAAUAAAUGACUUCGAUGAACCAGGCUCUUUGGCACCAACUGGAUUAUUCCUUGGUGGUACAAAGUACAUGGUUAUUCAAGGUGAACCUGGGGCUGUCAUUCGGGGCAAAAAGGGGUCAGGAGGGGUUACAAUCAAGAAGACGAGUCUGGCCAUCAUCAUUGGAAUUUACGAGGAACCAAUGACUCCUGGACAAUGCAACAUGGUGGUGGAGAGGCUCGGUGAUUACCUUCUUGAGCAGGGCUUCUGAACCCAAGAGUCCUAGUCUGGGCCAACUGGGCUUAUGCCUACUGAAAUGUGCUACCGCAUACCCCAUGAAUAAUUAGCGCACAUCCGGAUAUGUUUGAACAAGUGGAGGUUCCUCGUUAUGUUGGAAUUGCUUCAUAGUAUAUGUCAUGGGGCUUAUAUGUAAUCUUUAAAAGUUGUCAUAUUUUUGCCGAGCAUCUAGUUUUUACUCUUACCAGUGAUACCCUGCAAUGGAUGAAAAUGUGUUGAUGA